GAGCUGGUCGCGGGCCUGGCGCUGGAGGCCAUCAGGGCCAGCAAAGGUGCCGCAUACGACUGCUACCGGGCGCUCCUCGCGGCGGCGCCAGAGCUGCGGAACGACCGGGCCCUGCUGCAGGACGGUGCCGGGCCGGCCGCCUCAGAGUGGCUGGGGGCUGGCAACGUCACGAUUCGCGCCGGGGCCGCCUGGGAAUUGAUCUACCCCUCUCAGUUCCCGAGCUGCGCCGGCGGGCACCGUGGCGUUUGCCAGACGGGUGGAUAUCAGCAGCGGCCGUGA